UCAUACAAAACGUCAAAAGUUCGAGAUGACGUGUCUGUGUAAUCAAUAUAUUAAUUAACCUAUAAAAUGGAGAAUUUUGAAUAAAUUGCAACCUAAGCUAAGAUUUGUUAGGAUGAUUGCACUUUACACUUUAAAAGCCAAUCAAUGUGGCAACUUUUGUCAUUAAAACCCAGCUUUCUUUUAUCAAAACACUUGAGGUUAAGUGCAUCAGAAGAUAGAUAAGCGGCUGACACGUAUCUAACUUGAUUCACAAUGCGAGGAGCAGACUCAAAACUAGGGGACAUGCAGGCUCUUAUUCUUGUUGGAGGAUAUGGUACAAGACUUCGUCCCCUCACUCUCAGUAGGCCUAAACCUUUAGUGGAGUUUGCCAACAAGCCAAUGUUACUACAUCAGAUAGGAGCCCUUGUGGAGGCAGGAGUCAAAAGAGUCACUUUGGCUCUUUCUUACAGGGAAGAUAAAAUGGAGCAGGAGUUAAGAGAAGAAGCCGAGAAAUUAGGAGUGACUCUAGUGUUUUCAUAUGAGACUGAACCCUUAGGCACUGCUGGACCUCUUGCUCUUGCGAAAGAUGUUUUAUUGUCUUUUAGCAACGAACCUUUUAUUGUACUAAACUCUGAUGUCAUUUGUGAUUUCCCUUUUAAAGAAUUGGUAUCAUUCCACAAAAGUCAUGGAAAGGAAGGCACAAUUGUAGUCACUAAGGUUGAAGAACCCUCCAAGUAUGGAGUGGUUUUGUACGGUGAAGAUGGAUGCAUUGAGAGUUUCAUUGAGAAACCUCAAGAGUUUGUGUCCAACAAAAUAAAUGCUGGAAUGUACAUCUUGAAUACAAGUGUUUUCAAGAGAAUUCAGCUAUGCCCCAUGAGUAUAGAAAAAGAAGUUUUUCCAUUUAUGGCUCAAGAAAAAGAAUUGUAUGCAAUGGAGUUACAAGGUUUUUGGAUGGAUGUUGGUCAACCUAAAGAUUUUCUGAAAGGUAUGUGCCUCUACUUGACCUCUCUUCGGCAGAAAUCACCAGAGCAGCUGCAUGCUGGUGAGGGUAUUGUCGGCAAUGUCCUGGUCGAUCCCACAGCCAAGAUAGGCCAAGGCUGUCGUAUCGGACCUAACGUCACGAUUGGCCCCAACGUCGUCAUAGAGAAUGGAGUGUGCAUUAAGCGCAGCACGGUGUUGCGCGGUGCGACAGUGCGCUCACACUCGUGGCUAGACGGCUGUAUCGUCGGCUGGCGCUGUGUGGUGGGCCAGUGGGUACGUAUGGAGAACACCACCGUGCUAGGAGAAGACGUCAUUGUCAAAGAUGAGUUGUAUGUCAACGGAGGUCAAGUGUUACCUCACAAAUCUAUCGCCUCUUCAGUGCCUGACCCUCAAAUCAUAAUGUAACAUAUUUACAGCCGUUAAGUCUUCCUCGUGUUUGUAUACUUUGUAAAUAUAUACAUAAUAUAUUUUUAUUUUUUAAUAGUUUUAGUCUUUGAUCCAUCAGGUUGUGAUAUCUUUGAUUCUCCGUUUAUACAAAUGUAAUUAGUUUUAAAUCAACAAGUGCAACAAUAUAAAUGAUCACAUAAAUAGUGUAUAUUAAUUAAAACUACUCUUGAAACAAAUAUGUCAUUUACUAUGUAUUAAUUAGAUCUCUGUCAGUAACAAAGCUACAAAGAUCACUCACACCAUUCUACACUCAUCCUUCACCACUCAUAUUUGGAUUAAAAUACACACCUAGUUGACGUCCCCAUUUCACUUGAUAAUGGUAAUAAUAACACAUUCAAAAAUUAUUAUUUAGUUUUAUGUUUUACACUAAAGAAUAAAAUAAUGACUUCAAUGCAAGGAAGAACAAAUUAUUGUUAAAAUAUCUUUACCUACGACCGUUU